AAAUACCAGCACAUUGGACACAUCCAGGCAUCAGACAGGAGAACUCAGAGGAGCUGACCAGAGUCACCAAACCAUCUGAAGAACACUUGACCUGACAACUGAAACCAGUCUGCCGUGCUGAGAUGAAGAUGUUCAGUGUUGCUGUUGCAGUGGCCAUCGUGCUCACCUUCAUCUGUAUUCAGCAGAGCUCUGCUGUCCCAGCCGCUGAGGUGCAGGAGCCGGGGGAGCCGAUGAGCGUCUCCAACCCAGCUGCUGACCACGAGGAGACGUCCCUGGACUCAUGGAAGAUGCCGUACAACAACAGAGAGAAGCGCGGCGCUAAGUGUAAAUUCUGCUGCUCCAGUGGGGUCUGUGGACUGUGCUGCAAAUUCUGAGGAGUCCUGAUCCAUCAUCCACCAACUGAGUCUUUGAGAAAAUGCAACAGUUUGAUUUGUAUUCAUGCCCUAUGGGCGACUGGGUAGUCCUUCAAUCAGGGGGUUGGCGGUUCAAUCCCCGCCUUAGUCGAUGUGUCUUUGAUCGAGACUCUUAACCCUGUAUUGCUCCCUGUUGCUGUGUCUAUGGUGUAUGAAUGUAAAAUGAAUGUAAGUCAGCUAAAUGAAAUGUAAUGUAAUGAAAGUGUUCAUGCUGUUUCUGGACGUAGACCCUUCUUGCUCAGUGAAGGCGUCUGUGUCGUCUUGUGUUCUGCUAAAUAUCUAUUAAAAGUCAAUGAGCAAUA